AUGGAUCCCGAGGAUAUCAAGAUCUCCAAACUGGUGCCUUGGCCUCCCCCAGAAACCAAAUCCAGAGGAGGUUCAGAAAUUGAAUGGACCCUCUAUUCAGCCCAGGUAGCUCUCUCUGGAACCCUCAAGAAGAAACUAGACAAAUCAGAUCUGAAGGCUCAUGCAGAUCUCCUGGGUGAUCUUGAGAGAGAGUCUGCGAGGACCAGACCAUGGUAUAAGUAUUAUGACCCUGAGGGUGAAGAUCUCUAUAAGACCAGCGCUGGAUGUACUGCAGGUGAUACAUCUUCCAAGGAGCAAGAUGGUAAUUCGGGGAAUAGUACUGCCGCUGAUGGUGCCACCAACUGA